AUGGGGGUUGAAAAUGGUAAGGCCGAGCAGGAAAUUGAGGCGUCGGCGGAGCAGGGGCACGAGAAGCCAGUAGAGCCGGAGAAUAGGGGGCUGGUAAACGGGAAGCGUGGAGAGGGGGACAAGGAGGCCGCGGUGGUGAAGAUCACAGGCAAGUCCCGGGUCCUCCCCGCCGCCCAGCGACUGGACAAGAAGGAGUGCCCUCUGAUCACCUUCGACCUGCCUUACAUCACCUUCUACUACAACCAGAAGCUGCUGGUCUACAAGGGCGGCGAGUACGAGGUGGCCGUUGAGAGGCUGAAGGAGGCCCUGGCGGCAGUCCUGGAGCACUUCUACCCCCUGGCUGGGAAGCUGGGGAAGGACGAGGAGGGCGUGCUGACGAUUGAGUGCGACGGAGAGAGCCUCCUCGGGGCGGAGGUGCUGGAGGCGGCGGCCGAGAACGUCGAGGUGGCGGAGCUCGCCGGGUCCAAUGCUCCCAGCUUCCUGCAGGAACUCGUUCCCUACAGCGGAAUCAUGAAUCUGGAGGGCCUCCAUUGCCCCCUCCUCUCCGUGCAAGUGAGCUCUCUCCCCUCCGAGUUUCGGGGUUCUCCCUCCUAUCCCAGGGAGAGCUCGAUACAUGAUUUUGUAUUCGUUAGUCCUCCGUCGCUAAGGUCCAACCAUAGGAAUUAGGCACGUCGUUGUUCCUUGCUAUCAUAAACACUCCCGUAUCAUAGCUUUAUCAUUGAUGCUUACUUUCCUGUCAUUGUCCUUCGUUUCAUCUGAAACCAGUUCACCAAGCUCAAAAACGGCCUGGCAAUCGGCUGCGCCUUCAACCACGCGGUCCUAGACGGCUACUCGACGUGGCACUUUAUGGGCGCAUGGGCGGAGCUCUGCCGGGGCUCCUCUGUCAUCUCUCUCGAACCCUUCCACGACCGCGCCCUGGCCCGCAGUGCCCGAGUGAAGCUCACCCUGCCCGAGUCGGCCGCCGCCCACGAGAAGGCUGACCCAGCGGGGACCCCCAAGCCCCUCCGCGAGAAGAUCUUCACCUUCUCCGAGAAGGCUGUCGAGAAGCUCAAGGCGGAGGCCAACGCCGGCCUCCCCGACGGCACUAAGCCGCUCUCCACCUUCCAGUCCCUCGGCGACCACUUAUGGCGCGCCGUCUGCCGCGCGCGCCGCCUCAAGCCGGAGGACAUCACGGUCUUCGCCAUCUUCAUCGACUGCCGCAAGCGGGUCGACCCGCCCAUGCCGGAAGGCUACUUCGGCAACAUGGUGCAGGCCAUCUUCAACGCAACCGCCGCCGGGCUACUGCUCGCGAGCCCACCGGUAUACGGCGCCAACCUGCUCCAGCAGGCGAUCGACGUCCACGACGCCAAGGCCAUAGACGGCAGGCUCAAGGAGUACGAGGCCGCCCCGAAGAUGUUCUACUUCCGGGACGCCGGCAUCAACUGCGUCGCCGUGGGGAGCUCGCCGAGGUUCCCCGUGUAUGACGUCGACUUCGGGUUCGGCAAGCCGGAGAGGGUGAGGAGCGGGUCGAACAACAGGUUCGACGGUAUGGUAUACCUCUACGCCGGGAGAGACGGCGGCCGGAGCAUCGACGCGGAGAUCUCCCUCGAUGGAGAUGCCAUGGAGAACCUUGAGAAGGACGAAGAGUUCCUCACGGUCUGCGUCUAA